AUGUUGUGCUCCCAGCUGCAGGUCUUACUGGUUGCUCUCUCUGCAUCAGUGCUGCUUGCCCAAGUCAACGGAGCACCCCAGAGGGACAUGCUAGCUGAACUACUGCAGACGGAUGUCACAGAGGGUAAUGAGGACCUCUCCCGCAUGCUGUUUCUGAAGAUUGUGUCCGACCUGAUGAUAACAGGGGACAACAAGGUCCUGCCUGACCCACGGUCCAUGGAGGAGUUGAGAAUUCACCAGGAUGUGGCACGGCAGCUGCCACUCUCCCAGCGUGAGCGCAAAGCCGGCUGCCGGAACUUUUUCUGGAAGACCUUCACUUCCUGUUAG